CAGAUGUCAUUAGCAUAUUUCUGACUAUAUCUAACGCUUGCGCAAAGACGCGCCACUACUGCUGCAACGCACUGACCAGAGACCAUCCAGCCAUCAGCCAACGCAUCGACUACCUGCAACAAUGAGCGACAAGCCCGACAUCUCAGAGGUGACCAACUUCGACAAGACCAAGCUGAAGAAGACAGAGACGCAGGAGAAGAAUCCCCUGCCUACAAAAGAAACCAUCGAACAGGAGAAGGCAGAGACGUCGUGAAGACCUCCCGUCAUGCACUGUACACCUCCCCGCCCCCACCCACACCCCACCCCACUGCCCCCACCCUUCCUCCCGCAUUGCCUUGUUUUCAGUCACUUCUUUUUAGCUGUAUAACUUUGUAACCGAAAUUAUGAAACGACGACAAUAACCAAGCUGCGCAGCUUGCGGAGGGAUGAUGCUUUCGUCAGGCCGGCCGGCCCCGUCCCUUCAACAAAUACCACCUUAACCACCUUCUUACUCAUCUUCCCGAUGAGGAUGAUGAGGAUUUGUAAGAGGAGGAGGGGGAACAGCAGAAGGUUCACGUCUCUUCUUCAACACCGCCUUGGCACGCAGCAGAGAGGCCUAAGGGACGGGGCGUGGCCUGCGUCCCAGGAAGCCCAUCACUGUCUCACACGCCCAUCACCCAACUUCCUGUGUGGCUGCUUUUUUGCACCCAAGUUAAGGCGUCAAGCUUUUUUGUUUUUUGUUUCUUCGUAUUCUAAUUUUCGGGAAAUGCACAACUUUGUUUGUACGCUGGCCAAAAAUGUAAAUGCCCAAAAAAGUUGAUACUGUUGUCUGUCACAAUGCUUUUUUUCUUUUGCAUGUACACAAGGAUGACAAUGUAAUGGAUUCCAUCUAGAUCUGGGAGAAGCUCAAACGGACCUUUUUUAUUUACGGUAAAAAAUGUAACGCCCUUUUUGUCGGAGUGAUCGGGAUAGCUUUUGUGUUGCAACCUGUCUCGAAUGAGGAGAAGGAGAAAAAUAUAUAUACCGGCAAUUGAUUCCAUUUGUCUGCAACAGUAGGAGUUCCAGUAGUCAUGUUACUCUGCCUCUGUCACAAACCAUUACCAGAAAUGGGAAACCGUGAAAUGUUGUAAUAAUAAAAGAAUUUGUUACUAAA